CGACGACCAGCAUGGCAAGUUGAGCCAAUCAGGUCCUACAAACUUCAUUUCAUAGAUUGGCUAAGCGGUCGAUCUCAAGUGCCUAGCGUCAAGGAGUGUCGUUGGCGAAGAAGGAGGUCCUCAAAUCGCCGAACGGACCAAGACCCAAUAGGGAGCUUUCGGACUCCCUUCCGUCGACUCUGAAUAUUUCUGAUCACUGGAAUUUGGCGAUUCUCUCGUCAAGAUGGCGUUGUUUGAUUCCGCUCCCCGCGUGUUGCUGGCUGCCACCGCGCUACGCCUGAUUCUGUUGGUUUACGGUGGCUGGCAAGAUGCCAACUCUGCGAUGAAAUACACCGAUAUCGAUUAUAUGGUGUUCACGGAUGCUUCGCGCUAUGUCGCCAAAGGUCAAUCACCUUAUGCGAGAGAUACUUAUCGCUACACGCCGCUCCUGGCGUGGAUGCUUCUUCCUACUGCGUGGGAGGGCGGCGGUGCUCUCGGUUCGGUGACUUUUGCGUUUGGCAAGAUCCUGUUUGCUUUGGCCGAUGUCGUUGCCGGAUGGCUCGUUGUUCAGCUGCUGCGUCGGUGCUACCAUUUCCCCACUGAGCGGGCGCUGCGUUAUGUUGCUGCUGUGUGGCUCUGGAAUCCUAUGGUUGCGAACAUUAGUACCCGCGGUAGCUCGGAGGGUCUGCUGGGGGUCCUUGUUGCGGCUUUACUCUGGGCUACUUUGACCAAGAGGGCCGUUCUAGCCGGUGCGAUUCUCGGACUGGCGGUUCACUUCAAGAUUUAUCCCUUCAUCUAUGGGGUUUCUAUCCUUUGGUGGUGGGAUGCUCAGCGUGAUGGUGCUGCCCCUGCUAAAAGCUCUACCCUGCUUUCAAGGAUACUCGGAUUCAUCACUCCCUCUCGUGUGAUUUUCACCGUCUCUGCACUCUUCACAUUUAUUAUCUUGAAUGCUGUCAUGUACCUCCAGUAUGGCAUGCCAUUCUUGCACCAUACGUUCUUCCAUCACCUCACUCGCAUUGAUCACCGGCAUAAUUUCUCUCCUUACAGCACUCUGCUGUAUCUUGCGUCUGCCGGUGGAGCUAGCUAUCGCUUUGAGACGCUUGCUUUCCUUCCUCAACUACUUCUCGCGGUCGUUGCUAUUCCGUUGGUCCUGGCAAAGAAGAGUCUGGCAACGGCUAUGCUUGCGCAGACAUUCGCUUUUGUUACGUUCAACAAAGUCUGCACUAGCCAGGUACGUCCCGGGAUGUCUUGUUAAUUUGACCAAGCUAAUUGUUCAAUAGUACUUUAUCUGGUAUCUGAUUCUCCUUCCUUUCUACCUGCCUUCAUCUUCGUUGAUGCGGAAGCCCACUCUGGGCAUUGCGGCCGCUGUUUUCUGGGUCCUAGGCCAGGCACUUUGGCUAUCCCAAGGGUACAACCUGGAGUUCCUUGGCCUGUCCGCAUUCGUUCCAGGCCUCUUUUUAUCUUCACUUUUCUUCUUUGGCGUCAAUGUGUGGAUUCUUGGCAUCAUCGUCCGGGAUGGGGGCAAUGACGAAAAUGUGGCGGCUGAGCUUCAGUCGAUGCAAUGAAAGAGCUCGUUUUCUUGUCCGUAACUCCAUGAUAUUAGAAUUUUAAUCCUUUGCUUUAGAGCAUUGAUAUUGACCCUGACCGACCGCGAUAAUUUCGUCAUUUCUAACGAGAUGAGGGCUCUACACGUGCACAAGCGGCCACAAUGGAAGCCGUUGGAUCCACGAAAUAUUUCGAGUGCAUUGGAAAUGAUACAAACCCGAUAAUGGGUAAAUCAAAGUCGACCCAUCGCAGCAAUGGGGCUGUGUAGAGCCAUACAUCCUAGGCUACAAGGCAGGAACCUGCAGAGCACACUACCGCCGCGG